AUGAAGGAAAAGGAGAAGAGGCUGGAGGAAGAAAUAAAAAUUAUCAGAGAGAAAUGUGAUCCUCUGCUUCAGGCUGUAGAAAAGCAAGUGGCCAUAAAGAAAAUAAACCUCCAUGGACUGAGGAUGGAGGAACUAAAAGUCAAUGAACUCAUGGUCAUGAGGAAGAAUAGGAGUCCCAACCUGGUCAACUGUUUUGACUGCUACCUUGUGGACUGGCUGGUUAUAGAGUACAUGGAUGGAGGCACUCUGAGGGAUGUCAUCAGCCAGACCUAUCUGUCUGAAGAUGAGAUGGCAGCUGUCAGUCUGCAGUGCCUACAAGGACUGGAUUUUCUUCAUGUAAAUCAUGUGAUCCAUCAAAAUGUGAAAAGCAGCAACAUCCUUCUCAGAACUGAUGGCUCUGUCAAGCUGGCUGAUUUUGACCUAUUUGCUCAACUCACCCCUGAAGAGAGUAGACAGAGCUCAGUGGCUGUCACUUCUGGGUGGAUGGCACCUGAAGUCAUGGCAGGUCAACCAUAUGGCCCCAAAUUGGACAUAUGGUCUCUUGGAAUUGUGGGCAUUGAAAUGGUGGAACAAGAAGUUCCUUACUGGAAUGAAACUUCUGUCUGGGCUCAACUCCUGACAGGCACAGGAGGGACCCCAAAGCUGCGGCAGCCCAACCUCUUCUCACCUCGGCUGCAGGACUUCCUGAGCUGCUGCCUGGAGACAGACGAGGCACAGCGCUGGUCUGCCAAAGAGCUCCUGCAGGUAAAAUGCAAAGGGGCUGCAGCUGAAACAGUGUCCCAGGGAUGGGCUCCUCCUCCACUGAAGUCCAGAUGA